AUGGUUGGCUUCUCGAUUAACCUCAAAGCUGGGAAAGUAAGCAAGAAGACAGCGAGUUCAGAGAAGAAAAAGAAGAGAGCAAAUAUCUUUAAUGACGCCGACGCAAAUAAAGUACCGAAGUCUAAAAUACGAAUCACUCACAUCGAUGAGCAUCAAAAUUCAGCAGAGCCACAACUUGUUAUAAAACCCCCACCUGCCAACAAAGGGUGGAACGUGCCGAUUGUAGACGAAAAUGGACGAGAUGAGGAGAGUUUAGGAUACGGCUUGAAUCAAAGCACAUCUGGAGCGCGAGACCUCAGGAGGCAACAUAAUCGCGAAGCCUUAGCGCUAUCAAGAAAACCAAACUCUGUUGUUCACCUACCAACAGAAACAGCGCAAGAAGAAUAUGAGACUGUCCCUGUCGAAGAGUUUGGUGACGCGCUUCUCCGCGGAAUGGGUUGGAAUGGCGAACUUGAAAAUGAGGUAGUAGCAAAAUCAGCAGGCAAAUCUAAACCAGUUCUUCCGCACGAACAAUUUCGGCCAUCUUUGCUUGGGCUUGGCGCUAAAGCAUCUCAAAAUACGGUGUCGGAAGGAAUAAAUAAGUCAGAGCCGUUUCUACCCAUUAUCAAAGUGAGUAGGCGGAGGGGAAAACCCAUUGAGGAGCAGCAGCUGACCUAG